AUGGGGCGGUCGAUCAAGGUGACCGAAGGGUCUCUGGAGCAGGAAAUCCGUCAAAAAGUGGCGUACGCGAUGCUCUCGCAUAGAUGGGGGCGGAAGGAGCCGACGUACUCCGAGUACACGAGGCUCUGGGAAGAAACCGAGUUCAGGAUGGAGAAACGGGCAAGGGAUCCGGGGUAUGUCAAGUUAUGGAGCUUUCUCAAUGGGGCGUCCGCGAGGGGAAUGGAAUUCGCGUGGGCGGACACGUGCUGCAUCGACAAAAGUAGCAGCGCCGAGCUCGACGAAGCGAUCCGCUCAAUGUUCCGCUGGUAUCGAAAUUCGGCGCUAUGCAUCGUACACCUUGCGGAGACGCGCUCAGUGAAUGACUUCCAUCAAGAUCGAUGGUUUAGAAGAGGGUGGACGUUGCAGGAGUUGCUUGCGCCGCCAAAGAUUAAGUUCAUGGACCAAGAGUGGAACACACUGGCAAGAGGGGAAAACGACAAGAAGGACCAUGAUAUUCUUCAAAGUGUCAGCAAAGCGACUGGAAUCGGCACAGAGACCUUGAGUAAAUCCUUCGAACCACGAACAGAGAAGUUCAGCGAGAAAAUGUCCUGGGCAUCUCGCCGCAGUACCACCCGAGCCGAAGAUGCCGCAUAUUCACUGAUGGGUAUGCUGAACGUCAGCUUCCAGACAGCCUACGGCGAAGGCGGCCCCCGCGCCUUCCGCCGCCUCCUCGACGCCGUCGUGCGCAAGGCCGAAGAUCCCUCCGUGAUG